CAACUACAACGACUGGAACUCCUCCAUGCUUUGCAGCACUGACUGAGACAUCCACACUAACCAUGGAGUAGUUAAACCUCACCUUGAAAGAAAGUUAUUUCACCCGAAACUCACCUCACCUCACCCUCACCCUCACCGACCUAUCUACAAUACUCACCUAUCUCAACCAUGUCCUCUCCUUUCCACCCCCGCCCAUUUACCGACUACAUCAUCUUCUCUCCUCUAGCCGCCUUCAUCUACCCCGUCCACCAUCUGCUCAAUCGACUCCGCGGACCACCGCGACUGCCACCACCCAAUGCCCGUCCCAUUCGCGUCGUCUGCAUCUCCGACACCCACACGCUCCAAUGGAAUGAUGUGCCCGACGGCGAUCUGCUCAUCCACGCCGGCGACUUGAGCAACGACGGCUCCGUCCGCGAGAUCCAAGAAGCCGUCAACUGGCUGCGCAGUCUGCCUCAUGCCCAUAAAGUCGUCAUCUGCGGCAACCACGACAGCUACUUCGACAUACGCUCGCGCCGGCCCGAAGAUCGCGACGACGCCGCUUCCACAACCACAGCAUCCUCAUACGCGACCAUCUCCUCCUCGACCGCCUCGCUGCGUUCCCUCCCCUCCGACGACCUCGACCGCAUUGACUGGGGCGACAUUCACUACCUUCAACACUCCUCCAUCACGCUCACCUUCCCUCCGACCUCCCCCUCUCCUUCUCCUCCAGCAUCCUCCAACCCAACCACCCCUCUCCUCCACCAGCACCAGCACCACCAACCCGCGCGCACCCGAACGUUAACCCUCUACGGCGCCCCGCAAAUCCCUGCCAUCGCCUCCCUUGGCCCCGAACAUGCCUUUACCUACCCACCGCACCACGACGCUUGGAGCGGCACCGUCCCCACCUCGACGGAUAUCUUGGUCACGCACACGCCGCCGGCGUCGCACCUCGACCUCUCCCCGAUCUUCUCGACGGGGUGCCCCGCCCUCCUUGCCGAGACGUGGCGCGUGCGCCCCGCCCUACACGUCUUCGGACACAUCCACGCCGCUUACGGGCUGGAGCGCGUCUACUACGACGAGGCCCAGCGCGCGUGGGAGCGCCUCUGCGCCGCCCGCCGGUCGCGCGCCCGGCUGUCACGCUUCCGGUCGCUGCUCACCGGUGGCUUGUGCGAUCUGUUCGAUGUCUCGGGCUGGGUGGACGCCGCGCGCGUGAUCGUGUACGGCGUGCUGGGCAUCGUCUGGGCUAAGGUCUGGGGCGGGGAGAAUGCCGCGUGUGGCUGGAUGGUGAAUGCCGCGUGCAUUUAUCGCGACGAGGGGGUGUUGCGGAAUAAGCCUCAGGUUGUGGUUCUGUGAUGCUUAAUUUCCGGCGGGUGGUUGUGUUGGAAGGAGAGGAGGUUGGCUUCAGUAAAUCAUUGCGAGGUGUAAUGUUCAGAGGAACCGGAAACGUAGGAAGUUGGGUAGGAGCCAGUAAGACGCUAGGUUGUAUAUAAUAAGGGAGAGUUGGUGGGCUCAGCUGCAAAAGGACUACCCGUGGUGGGGUGAGUGGAUGGGAGCUUAUUCUUCAUCUCAGAAAGCGUUGCAUCAUGCAUUAGGCGUUUAUAUCA